AUGGUUAACUGUAUUAACCUAUCCCUUGGUGUUACCAACAGCAUCAUUGAUGAGACCAAUCCCUUAUAUUAUGGGCAGUACGCCGGAAUUGGCUCCGCGCUCAACACAAUCCAGCUCGUUGAGUCUGCCGAUUGUGUGCUUUGGCUGGGUAAUCUUCCUUCAGACUUCAACACAGGGAUGUUCUCUGAGCAUCUGAGUGACUUAGUUACUGUGAUUGAUUUCCAGCGAUUCUUCGUCAAGAUCGGCGAGGCAACAUACGAAGCCAAAAUCACUCAACUUCUCCCUAGGCUUGCUGAGGCCGUCAAGAGCAAAUUGCAUCUGCAGCAUCGAGGGGUUGAGGCCCAAUCAUCAAAGCGAUCUAAGCUUCCGCAGCCAGCUACCAUCGAACAGGACUGGCUUUGGGAUCGCUUCUCAUCCUUCCUUCAGCCAGGAGAUCUUGUCGUCACUGAGACUGCCGGCGCGUCAGUCGCCGCCAAGGAGAUGGGCACGUACAAACGGAUGGUGCUGAUCACGGGAGAGGGCAGCCUUCAGCUGAAGGUGCAGGCCUUUGCCAUCCUGAAUCGAUACGGCAUCCCGCCUACUGUCUUCAUCCUGAACAACGACGGAUACACCGUCGAACGCUACUUCAACGGCAUGGAUGCCGCGUACAAUCAAGUGCCUAAGUGGGACUAUUGUGCGCUCUUCAAGACCUUCGCUCCUGGUCUAGAAAUCAAAACCUUCAGGGUCAAAGGCUCUAUGGAGCUAGAUGCAUUGCUGUCGAACAAGGAAUUUCAGACUGCCAUGUACCCGCAGCUGACGUGA